AUGGCCGAACAAGUCCCAACCAAGCGCCAAAAGCGCGAGGAGUACCGUCGUGGGAUUCAAGCCCAGCAAGAAACCGAAGAUGGCUCCGUCGUCAAGAUGCCGCAAAAGAAAUUCUUCCGCCAGCGCGCGCAUGCGAAUCCCUUCUCGGACCACAACUUAGACUACCCUAUCAGCCCCGCGCAUAUGGAUUGGUCGUCUCAUUACCCAGCCUAUGUGGACCCAGACACCUCCAAGACGAAUCUUGCCGGUGCUCGCCAAUUGACUAAGAAUGUCGAGGUCGUGGAUAUUGGCUGUGGUUUCGGUGGAUUGCUUGUUGGACUGGCGCCUUUGCUGCCGGAUACCCUCAUGGUCGGCAUGGAAAUCCGCACCCAGGUCCUCGAGUACCUUACAUCUCGCAUCCACGCCCUCCGCACCCAACAACAAAACCUAAAGAACAAAGCCGCCAAUCCAAGCACAACAGAAGCCCCAGCAUCCACAGAAACGAGCAUAGAAACCGAAACCGGCGACGACAAAGCCCCAGUCCCCGCCACAGACGACGACAUCGGCACAACCAAGAUCUUCCCAGGAAACUUCGAAAACAUUACCGCAAUCCGCGCGAACACCAUGAAAUUCCUGCCAAACUUCUUCGCCCGCCACCAACUCUCCAAGAUCUUCAUUUGCUUCCCUGACCCGCACUUCAAAGCGCGCAAGCACAAAGCGCGCAUUAUCUCCGAGUCCCUCAAUGCCGAGUAUGCGUAUGCGCUCCGCCCUGGCGGUUUGCUGUAUACCAUUACUGAUGUGGAGGAGUACCACCACUGGGUUUUGAAGCACUUCCAGCACCAGGCUGAGGAUGCCGAGAAGACCGAGGGUGAGGCGGUUCAUGCACCUGGCAUUAAGGAUAUCUGGGAGCGGGUCUCGGAUGAGGAUCUUGCGGCUGAUCCUUGUGUCCGGGUGAUGCAGUUUGAGACCGAGGAGUCGAAGAAGGUUACGAGGAAUAAUGGCAAGAAGUUUGUUGCUGUUUUCAGACGGUUGGCUGAUCCUGAGUGGCCUUCUUCUUGA